UAGGAGCAAAGUACAUGCAAUUAAUAAUGUACAUGUGUUGUAUGCUGUCACAAAUAUUUUUCUAUUGCUGGUAUGGAAAUGAAGUUAAGCUGAAGAGCCAAGAACUGAUUAGUAAUGUGUUCAGAAUGGAAUGGUAUGACCUGGAUAAACAUGACCAAAAAUCAUUAUUAAUAAUUAUGAAACGCAGUAUAAUUCCGAUUGAGCUUACCAGUGCUUAUGUUAUUUCAAUGAAUCUUGAUUCAUUUAUGAAUUUACUCAAGACAUCAUAUUCCGCUUACAAUAUACUACAACAAAUAUAG